AUGAUCCGCCAGCAACAGCUUCCAAACAACCGCCGCCGCGCCGGAGAAGUCGCCGGCAACGUGACGGCAGACUGCGCCGCGGUAUGCUGCUGCGUGCCAUGCGCGGUAAUGGACAUGGUGGCGCUUGCUGCGUACAAAGUUCCCGCUUGUUUGUGGAAGAAAGCGGCGAAGAAGAAGAGGACGAAACGGUUGCAGAAAAAUAAUAAGAAGAGCGAAACGGCACCGUUAGAUCAUAACAAACCUGACGGGCUUGGGCUUGGGCCUGAAACGGUUAAUAUCAGGCCCACGUUGGAAGAGCAUUUGGCGAAGGAAGAGUUGCCGGGGGAUGUUAAAUUGGAAGAAGAGAUGUGGGCCCGGUUCAGCGGAAACGGUUUUUGGAGGAGUGGUUCUAUGAGUCAAGAACCGGAAUUGCAAACCGAAGAAAAGGACCGUUAG